AUGACGACUGAUGAAGAACAGAGUGGUAAAGGUGGAAAUGAUGGUAAAGAAGUGAAAAACGAAGAAGGAAACGUGCCGUUUAUGAUUUCAGAAAUGCAACGAGAAAUGAACGCGCGGUGCACUCAACUGCAACUGAACUUCAAACGAGAACACGAGGAGAACGUGAAAGAGAAAGAGAAGAUGAGAGAUUCAAUCGAGCGUUUAACGAAAAUUAAGGACGAUUUGAUGAAAAGUUUAACGUUGAUGACGAAAGAAAGAGACUCGUUUCGAGAGAAGGCGAUGGGAGAGAAGUUGUUACGUUUUCCUUCUUUAAAAAACAUCAAAGAAGAAAAGAGAGACGAAAGAGACGAUUUUUACGAUACUAACACUGAAAUUGACGACGACGACGACGAAUUUAAAGAAGAAGAAGAAGAGGAUUCUUUUGACGACGACGGUGGUAAAAACAACGAGGAUACUCAAACUCUCGUAUCGCGAGCGCGAUUUCAAAAAUUACAAGCCGAGUUGAUGAUUUAUCGCGAAGCGGCGGCAAAGUAUCGAAAGGAGAAAGAGGUGGCGCUUUCAAAAUUAGAAAAGUACGAAAGAAAACAACAACAGCAGCAGCAACAACGACAACAAAAGCGAGGAGGAGGAAAAGAAGAGAAUACUGCGAAGAGAAAGCGGCCGCACUCUCCGGCUUCGAAGUACGCCGUGUUCGCCGGCGAAGUUUACACGACCAAAGACGAAGAGCUCGAAGAGAUUGGAAACAGACGACGAGGGAAAGACGACGAGGAAGAGAGAGAAAAACGACAACGACGACGACGGGAACAACAACACUCUCUUCGACACCGGGACGAGAUGAACGAUGUCGACGACGAGUAUAGCGCUAGAAAGAAGAACGAUAAGAAAACCGACGACGACGAAAAAUCUUUUUCGUUCAACAGAACGGAAGACUUUUGGGCGUUUGAUAAGAAGAACGAAACGACGAUAAAAUCUAACGCAUUCGUAAAUCCGCAGCGACAACAACAAGAACAACAACAACGACAACAUCAUCAAACAGAUAAACCAAAGCCGAAGAAGCACGUCGACGCGUCGAAGAUGAUGAUAAUGUCGAAGAGAGCAAGUUUAGAAGGGGCGAGUAAAAAAGGCACCGCGGCGGCUUCAACAGCAGCAAAGAAAGGCGUUUCGAAGAAAGUUCGGGGUUUGUGGAACGAUGCCAUGAAGAAGAAAACGACGACGAUUAGCGAUACGAAGACACCACCGCCACCGCGAUCGGGCGCUAUGUUCGAAACGCCUAAAACGAACGAAGCGCAAAUCAACGAGAACACGCCGGGAGAAGAGGAAGUUUUGGUCAUCAAGAACACCCAAGAAGAAGAAGAGAAAGAAGAGAAAGAAGUGAAACGCACGAAGCAAGAACUCCGCGAAGAUCAUCAGCAAAAAUCGAAUAAAUGUUUACCUGUUGACAAACCACUGCGAGAGGUGAAGUACCAAGAAGUUGUUCGUGGGAAAGAGGCGCGAAAAGAGCUCAUCGGGUACGCGUGCCAAGAAUGCGAAAGGUUUUACGCCGUCGCCGGUCAACUCGAUCGAAGGGCGUGCGAACACGGAAGUAACGCUUUGAAUAAUAACACGAAUAACGGGGCACCGCCAAGAAACCUGGAAAAUUCCCGUCAUCGCGCGAAGUACGUUCCUCCGAAAGAUCCGGCUGGAUAUUGGGAUCUCGGAGGCUUCACGCAAACGCAACCGGAUCCAAAGAAGAGGAAAGCGACAAAGUUCGACGAGACUCCUCCGUCGCAGGAAAAUUUGUAA